AGCCAGAUGCCAGUGUGCUUCAGUCCUUCAGUGCUAUAGUAGUGUCAGACCUGUUAGUCUCUUGUCUGGCUUCUUCCUAGUUCGUCGUUCGUCGUUCGUGUCGUGCGCGUCUAAGUUGCUCGUCGAUCGGCGACCUUUUAACCCGCUCGAUCGGCAACAAACAAUUUGUAAUUUGUGUGCUCCAGACUUUUGGGAAUACCUUUUGCUGGAAGAAGCUGUGGAUAAGAUUUCUGGCAAGUGGUGGAAUGCUCAACUUAUAACGAAGGUGGCAACCGUACGGAAAUAGAUAACCAGGAAGUAACCGCAAUGGAAGUAGCUGGCAAUACCUCUGCACAUAGGAUGCUGAGCUGAAGAUGGGCAAUUCUAGCUCGGCGGCGCACCACCCCCACCCCCAUCACGGCCUCCAGGGGCAGCCGCAGCGAUGGACGCAUUCCUAUCCACGUGCCACCUCCACUGCCGCCUCCGCAGCCGCCUCCGGGGGCCUCAAGGUGCUGCCCGAACGGGUGCCCGGCCAGCGGUUGAGAGUCACCAACAACGGCGCCAUCUUGCAAAAUGGUGGCACCAUCAGCGGGCGGAGGCCGUCUGUUGGCAACUUGCCGCGGCAGAGGAGUUCAAGUCAAGGUAGCCACCAUGAGUCGAAACGAAGCUUGUAUGGAAGUGAGCCGGACCUUCGCUACACUGGACGGGAGUUCCACCACCAGCCUUACAGCAACGAUAGUCCAGCCAAACUGAGGAUAUCAAGAUCACGCAAAAAGUACAAAGCACCGCCUGCACCCCAUAUUAAUGGAAAUGCUAUUGACAGCUCGUCACCUGAUUCCUACCAGCAUUGGGAGAUGUCGGGUGGAGGCAGUGGAGGGGGAGAGACGGCUGCACCCAGCAGACGUCUGCGGCUGUUCAAGACGCGUGCGGAGACAAAGAGGAGGGGAAACGAGGAGGCAGUCACUCAGCACAGCUUUGGACAGGGCACGCCGUCCCCCGGCCCACUCCAGAGGAGUUUAUCUUCUCCUCAAUUCCAGGCCGAGCUAUUAGAAGCGGCGGAGCGACUGCGACCCGUACGGGAGCCGCCCGUCGGCCGCGCGGCCGAAGAAACGCCGCCGCGAUCACCUGAACUACGCUCAAUCGAGAACAUGUCGAAGACGGACCGCGCCAGAAACGCGUUCCGCUCCAACUUUGACGCGUCUCACGCCUCCAACCAAAAUCUCACGGCUCCAAUCACAAGUCACGUACGUCGAGCAACGAAAACAAACCUGUUUCGUCGGCAGUUCAGCGAACCAACGAACUGGUCGAAGAUCAACAAGCAGACCUUGGACCACAGAACGAGGGGAGAAGGGUCCACAGGUCGAGAGUCCACACCCGAGCCACAAGUACCCAGGAAAACGCCUGCCAAGAAUAAGAGCAAGGAUUGGGAAAGUUCAAACGGACCUUCGAAGCAGAUAUCGCCAGUAAAAACGUUCUACUUUGGAAUGGGUGAGUCGCCAACACGCAAUGAACGCGAGGAGGUGGAUCGGUUUGCGGCCAGCCUACAUCAACGGGUGCCCAGGCCGGCAUCAAAAUCAAAUUCCCGGCCUAUCAACACGUCUGGCUCUGACAGUCUGAGCAGUGAGAAUAAUGAUGAGAACGGUAGCCACGGCAUAUCUCUGCAACUUCGGCCGAUACUGCCUCGCAAGCAGCUGGACAUCCCGCGCUUCUCGCCGACGGCCGCCUGGCGCCUGCUGUCCGCCCUGGAGUCAUCGCCGCCCAGCGAGGAGGACGAUCUGGUGCCAUUGGAGGAAAGAAUCCCCGUCCCCCUGCAUCUCGUCAACCACCCGGGUCAGCCUGACAAGUCUGGAGACUCUGGAAUUUCCGGAGACGAUUCGCCCCAGCAUCAGGACUCCACUCAUAAUUCUCAAAUUGCCUGGACCCCUCAGCAGGAUUUGGAGGAGACGAGUUCAGAUGGUGGCCUUGAAUCCGCUCCAGUAUCACCAGAAAGCCAGAGCCUUCCAGCUGCCAAAUUCUCGCCAAGGUUUUCCCUGUCCUUACCAAGGGAUGACCGAUUGGCUUUAUAUACGCAUGCUGAUAAGAUCAGCGAAGAAGCAGCCGAACCGGACAGCUUCCACAGCCUGAAGAAGCUGAAACGGUCGAUGUCUGGUGCACUGGGCAGAGCCGGAGGAGUCAUCAAGGAAAGCCAGGGUCAGGAGUCACUGCCCCUGGACGGCAACUGGGUGCUCAGCCGCAGUGUGCCCAACUCACUCAACAACGGCCAUAGCAGUCUGCAGCGGUGGGCUAGCAAUUCCACGCCAUCUUCUCCCGAACAGGAUGAAGAAGGAGCACUCACGUCUCUAGUGAAGCAACCGUCUUUCUCUUACCUAGCUACUGGUGGCCAUUUCAUGUAUUUACCUGAAUAUUCAUUACCACAGAAAUUCAUUCAACACCAGCUAGAUUGCGUCAUCGCCACCAACCGAGAACGCCAAAGGUUGAGCGAGUUGGAAGCCAUGAGGCGAGUAGAAGAGGAAUUUCAACGGAAGAGAGAGAGGGAGAAGGCGGAUAUAAGGCAACAACUUCGUCUGUUCAGUCUGAGUCAGGGCAAACGCGACCAGCCAGAUGGAGCGGAUCCUCCCUCUCCACUACCGCCCCCUGCUACUCAGGUCUUGUCCGAAUUCCAGCAAAGCCGCAGAGAAUACAGGGACUACAGGCAGAAUAAUCAUAGGUCUGGUCACAUCGAGCCGGAUGUUAUUCAAAAUGCUGAGCCAAAUCAUAAACGAGCGAUGAUCCACCCGCAAGUGGUCUACCAAAUGCCAAAGAGCACCCAGGUCUACGUCAAUCCACAUCUCCAUUCCAAUGGCUCAGGUGUUGGAAGUGAUAAUGGAGGAGGAGGAGGAGGGGGUGUUGGAGGUGUUUCAACCCCCAGAUCUUCAUCCUCGGACAAUUAUCGAAGGGAUUUCGCUCAAGGAGCUCUACCUCACUCUCUGGUCAGUUCUGACUCAGAACUGUCUCAGCCAAAUACAAGACCCACGUCUCGUAAUCGAAGAAGCAGGUCAGCAAGCCCUCAACGUAAGAUAAGUGACACAAGUGACGUCACAAGCUGUGACGCUGGAGAAAUAAGGAUUACACAGAUCAAUGUUAUUGAGCGGGUUGCCAGAAACUUGAACGACUGUUUCAAAACAACCGGAGAAUUUCUGAAUGCCAGUGACCCAUCAGACUAUCCAAUGGAAUACAUGAACAACUCGUUUGGUUCCAACGUAGCUGACGAAGGGGAUGAACUAACUGAAAACAAUCAAACUAAGACGGUUGAAAGUAGAGAAGUUGGAGAGGAAAGUCCGAGUACAACCCGUUUCAACAUAGGAUCCGCUCAACCUUUCGUUCGGGGAAAAUCGUACCGACCUAUUGUGUUCAAUCCUUCAAUAAACAAAGUUGCUCAAACCGCUAGCUAAAUCUUUAAAUUUUAUAAUCAGUUUAUAUUUUUGUAUUCGAAUGUAAUUAUUAAUGUACAAAUUGUUGUAACUUGAAAAUAAUAUGUAAGACUUCUUGUCUAUUUGAAAUCUAACAGUAUUAUAGUAAUUAGGGUAAGCCUUGAUAUUAAAAAUUAUUACCUAUGUAAUCUUUUUUCGUACUUGAAACAUUUUUAUAAAAUUCAAAAAUGUUAUCCAAAUCUAUACUAUAAGAUAUUCUUAUUAAAUCUGUUCUUACUCAGGUCUUGGGUUGACAAAAAGAUGAAGUUUUUGAAUUGGAAAGAUUCCCAAUUGAAUUAUAUGGGAAACGAUUGUGCAAUAACCAUAUAUUGUUUGUAUUUUCAUUUAAAAUACUAUGUUUCUUUGUUAUCAAUAAACGCGAUUUUUUAAAAUUU